UUUAAUUACGAUGGACUAUUUUUUUGUUUUAUUUCACUUAAAUUAUAGAAAUAAUUAAGAAGUUUGUAUUAAUCCAUAAAUGUGUAAAUAGUGUGUAGAGGGGUUUUGGUUGAAGUUCUGUGACUUACAAAUUCCAUGAUUUAGCUAAAUCCAAAUGAAACUUUCCUCCAAAGAAAUACCAUUAAAAAAACUUUGGAAUGCAAAUCUUGUAUUGUCUGUGUUAUUUCAAGUUUGUUUAUUGAUAAUAUCAAUUAUCAGUCGUAAUCCUGUAUUUUUCGUACUUUGUUAUUUUGUAACUUUCUUAUCAUCGUUAAUCUUGUUCGACUGGAAAUACUUAACUUUAAUUCUGAAUAUUUUCAUUCAGGUUUUUUCAAUAGUUUCAUCAUUUUAUAUUUGCUACUCACCCAGAGUCCCCGAGAGCUCAUUUAAGGCUAAGUGGCACAAGGAUUCUCUAAAAUGGAUGUUUCCCUUGGUUUGUCUUCAUUCUGUUUCGGUUUCAGUCACAAUUAUUUCCCUGAAGAGAAAAUAUGAUGUUAAAGAUGAGUUCCCAUUGAGUGACGCAAUCUCCGUUUUGAAAAAUUGUGAUUCAUAUUUUAGAGAGUGUAAAGAACUAAAGAAAAAGAUUCUAGAAAACCAAAAAAUUGCUCAUAGAAUGAGGAUGCUAGAAAUUCGACGGGAAGAAGAAGUGGCAAAAAAAAUUGUGGACAGUCUUUAUAGUUUCACGAAUAGGUCAAACUUCCCUGAGUUAGAUACGAAGACAAAUAGGACGGUUGAAUCUAAUAUUUUGGAUAAAUACAGACUUAAAAAAUCUGAUUUUAAUGAAUUUUCAGAAGAACUACAACUAAAAUAUAAUGAGAAGUGCGGAAAGAGUAAUUUCCACAUUUCUAUUCCCGAAGAAAUGGAGUCUGUUGAUUCUAUUAAUUGGGUCAAUGAUACAACCACUGAUCGGAAUCAAAAUGAAUAAUUAGUUUAAUCCUUUAUCAUUUAAAAUUGAAUAAUAAAUUUAGACCGGGGACUUGGUUUAAAAUUUAUGAUUUUAAAUUUCUUAAAAACAAAA